AGAGUAGUAGAGUACAGUAGUAUAAAAGAGAAAUAAUUACCUAAAGUACCAAUUCCUCUAAACUGUACUUGUAAGAUUGUAUUUUGGAAAUUCCAACUUUUAUAGAUGGGAGGUAUAUUAGCAUACGUGUUUCCAAACAUAAUUACAAAUAUUUUCCUGUUACCUUGUUAAAAACCUGGGACAUUAUUAUGGUAUUAGUUGUGGAUGGUGAAAAGGAACAGGAAUUGUAAACCCACAUCACAUUAGACAAAAAUGAAAAAAACAAAACAAAACAAAUAAACAAAUAAGACAAAUUCCCCAUGUUAUUUAUGUUCAUACAAAACUGUGAUAACAAUAUCAGGCGAGCCCAUAUAUAUUAAAAACUGAUCUUCAGUUAGAGAGUAAAGAUCUGUUAGUGGCUAACACAGGUCUUUGACUUGUUAAGCGUAGUCCACGUGGCUCUAAACGUGCUGUGAAAAUGACAUUUGGGAGGUAAUAAUUACCAUUUCCCUCAGAUUCUUCAUUAAUAAGGCUUCAAUUGAUGCUGACACUGAAAAAAUGUCACAUCCGGCGAUGCGACUUUUUAAAAAUAAUAAUAACAAUAAAAAAAAAUCUCAUCCCGGAAGUACUAGUGAUUCUGGUUAACUUGACUCUUGUGGCUCCCCGCUCCGAUCAGGCGGAGAUCUGCGGGGGGUAGUUAACAUCAGCACGACCACCGAGCAGUUCUGAGUCUCUGAACCAAACCCUCAUAAUGCAUGGGGGCAAGAGAGGGCUGGUGGCUCCGCAGAACACUUUUCUGGAAAAUAUUGUCAGGCGCUCCAGCGAAACCAGUUUCCUGUUGGGGAAUGCGCAGAUAGUCGAGUGGCCGGUCGUUUACAGCAAUGAUGGAUUCUGCAAGCUGUCUGGAUACCACAGAGCUGAAGUCAUGCACAGGAGCAGCACAUGCAAUUUCAUGUAUGGUGACCUGACGGAUAAGAAGACGAUAGACAAAAUCCAAAAGACAUUUUAUGAAUAUGAGUCCAAUUUCUACGAGGUGCUGCUCUAUACGAAGAAUAGAACACCUAUUUGGCUUUACAUGCAGGUAGCACCAAUCAAAAAUGAAAACGACAAGGUGGUGCUUUUCCUCUGCACUUUUAGAGACAUUACGCUUUUCAAACAGCCGAUCGAAGAUGAAGCAACUAGAGAAAUGCAGUUAAAGGUCUGCCAGGAUGAUGUAUUCAUGCACAACUGUAUAGAUCGGAAACCUGCCUCUUCCCUCCAGCGUCAGCAGCCACAAAUACAUUUCAUACAAGCUGGAAUCAAUGAAAUUUCAGUAAUGUUAUCUCAAACAGGAUGGACGAAAUUUGCCAGGUUGACGCGCGCAUUGACCAACAAUCGCAACCUGGUGCAGCAAUUAGCACCACUGGGCAAGACUGAGGUCAGCCACAAGCCCUCGAGACUGGCUGAGGCUCUCCAGCUGGGAUCAGACAUUCUCCCUCAGUACAAACAGGAGGCCCCUAAGACCCCUCCACACAUCAUCCUCCACUACUGCACCUUCAAGACCACCUGGGACUGGGUCAUCCUCAUCCUCACCUUCUACACUGCCAUCAUGGUGCCCUACAACGUCUCCUUCAAGACAAAGCAGAACAAUUUGGCCUGGCUAGUGCUGGACAGCGUCGUGGACGUCAUCUUCCUGAUCGACAUUGUGCUCAACUUUCACACCACGUUUGUGGGUCCCAAUGGAGAGGUCAUUUCAGACGCGAAGCUGAUACGAAUGAAUUACCUGAAGACGUGGUUUGUCAUCGACCUGCUGUCCUGUCUGCCCUACGAUAUCAUCAAUGCCUUUGAAAAUGUGGACGAGGAUGUGAUCACAUCUGCUUCUCCAACAAGUCAUCUCCGUGAGUCCUCACAUUUCCACAGGAAUACCACACGGACAGAAGACUCUGUACUCCCAGGUCUCAGCAGCCUGUUCAGCUCCCUAAAGGUGAUCCGCUUGCUCCGGCUGGGCCGAGUGGCACGCAAGUUGGACCACUACCUGGAAUAUGGAGCCGCUGUCCUGGUUCUGUUGGUGUGUGUCUUUGGUCUGGUGGCCCACUGGCUGGCCUGCAUCUGGUACAGCAUUGGAGACUACGAAGUCAUUGAUGAGACCACCAACACCAUUAAGACAGACAGCUGGCUCUACCAGCUGGGCCUGAGCAUUGGGACUCCUUACCGCUAUAACGUCAGUGGUACAGGACAGUGGGAAGGUGGUCCCAACAAGGACACGCUGUACAUUUCUUCUCUCUACUUCACCAUGACGAGUCUCACUACCAUUGGAUUUGGCAACAUCGCUCCGGCCACAGAUGGUGAGAAGAUUUUCUCCGUGGCUAUGAUGAUGGUGGGCUCGCUGCUUUAUGCAACCAUCUUUGGAAACGUCACCACCAUCUUCCAGCAGAUGUACACCAACACAAACCGCUACCACGAGAUGCUCAACAACGUGCGCGACUUCCUCAAACUCUAUCAGGUUCCCAAAGGCCUGAGUGAGCGGGUCAUGGACUUCAUUGUCUCCACCUGGGCCAUGUCUAAGGGCAUUGACACAGAUAAGGUUCUCUCAAUUUGUCCUAAAGACAUGCGGGCGGACAUCUGCGUCCACCUCAACAGGCAGGUGUUCAACGACCACCCGGCGUUUCGUCUGGCCAGCGACGGCUGUCUGCGCUCUCUAGCUGUGGAGUUUCAGACCACACACUGUGCACCUGGAGACCUCAUCUUCCAUAUUGGAGAGAGCGUCGACACCCUCUGCUUUGUGGUGUCCGGGUCACUAGAGGUCAUUCAGGAUGAUGAGGUCAUUGCGAUACUAGGUAAGGGUGACGUGUUUGGAGAUGUCUUCUGGAAAGAGACCACUCUAGCCCGGGCCUGUGCAAAUGUCCGAGCUUUGACUUACUGCGAUCUGCACGUCAUCAGGAGGGACGCUCUGAUGAAGGUGCUGGAGUUUUACACGGCGUUCGCCAACACGUUCGCCCGCAACCUCAUCCUCACCUGCAAUCUACGAAAACGGAUAAUCUUCAGAAAGAUUGCUGAUGUGAAGAGGGAACAGGAGCGCCAGAGGAACGAGGUGGCCCUCUCCAUUCCCGAAGACCACCCUGUCCGCAAGUUGUUCCAGAGGUUCAGACAGCAGAGAGAUGCUCAAACACCAGGAGAGUCUCACACUUACUGUGAUCAUAACUGUGUGCAGGUGGAGCCCCAGCACCACCAUUGCCCCGACUCAAACCCUUUCACGCAGUGUCAGGCUGUAUCUCCUCAGCAGCAGGAGUAUAGCUCCACAGUGCAGAAUAAUGCACCCUGCACAGGAGGAGGGACUGCAGUUGGCAUGGCUGAGGAGCCAAAGAAAACCUGCACAAGAGAGGCUGGGGAGUCUAUAUCAAGGCCUUGUGCCGAGAAGGUCAGCAGCCCUGUGCCAAGCAGUGCUGCAGGUGGUCUUACCAGCAGCAGAGGUGCUCGAGGCUGGGCCAAGUUCAGAAACGCCACUUCAGCUGCGCCACCACCUCCUAUUGUUGAGCAAGAAAAGCAGCCGCAGAAGGCAGAGGAAUGGCCCAAAGGAUCCCAGUCGUCAGAACAGUUGGCAGCUGCCAACAAGAACCAGGAUCCAGUGGAGAUGGGGAGCGCAGAGGGGGGCAACAGCGCUGGAGAAGCAGGUGAAGAAACAAGUGCCCUGCACAAAACUGACUCCUGUGACAGCGGCAUCACAAAGAGUGAUCUACGCAUCGACCGAGCCGGAGACUCAAGAAACUCCUUCGAAAGAAGCCCGAUGGAAAAGAGCCCAAUGGAGAGGAACCCAUUCGAGCACAGUCUGGGGGUCGAAUCCCUCAAACACUCUUUGAUUCAGCCGGCGUCCGAACAAGCUCUCCUUCAAGCGACCCUGCAUGAGGCCAAGCUGGAGCUGAAGGGGGACAUUCAGAUCCUGAGCGGCCGUCUGUCAGUCCUCGAGUCUCAGGUGAGCGAGAUCCUCAGGCUUCUGUCAAUUAAAAGAAGACUCUCACUACCACCGACUUCUUCUCCGAGGGCCAGAAUGAAAAGUCAAGACUUAGCCACCGCCUCUAAGUCGGUCACACCGGAAGUAGUAGAUGAUGGACCUUUUUGAAUUUACUGAUUUAAGAUCCUCGGAUCCCUUAAAAAAAUGGAUUCAUAGUGGCACCAGUGUGCAUGUCCUGCAGGACUGCCAAAAACACAUUAAACACUUGACUGCAUGCAGAAAUUCCUUUCAUAUUUCCGCAGCACUACAAGAACCCAGGGAAUGUUUGAAAAUUCUUUGACUUGUGAGGCAUUUUUAGAUCCUGUGCUACAUUUAAGAAUGCCGAGAAGGAACAAGAACAAUCAAUUAAAAAAAGAAAAAUUACGCUGAAGAAACUUCAUUUUUAUGAUCAUUAUAAACCAAAGUAGUGCUCCAUAUCUCAUCACACUCCCAUCAAGGCUUCGAAACAUCAUAGCCUGAAAGGAUGGUCAGCAAAAAUAUUGAGGUCAUGUCACAUAUUUUGAGUUUUUUGGGGUUUUUUUUUUGUAAAGCUGUCAGUUUAAUGUUUGUUUGUUUGUUUUUUGCGAGCUGUUAAUUUAACUUUUACCUGCUUGGAUCACGUCUUAGCCCAGUAGACCUGAGCUCAGUAAAUGUGACCACAUGCUCACUGUAUGUCAAAAAAAAUGUCCCCCUUUAUCUCAUUUAAAGAUUCUCACUUUUUCAGUUUUUUUCUUGUCUGUGGUGUGGCGGUGGUGACUACCUUUUGGGUUAAUGAAACGUCAGGUAAUUCUAAUAUGUGCCUUACAAUAACAAAGCCUCAUUCACAGUUGUUUCAAUGAGACAUAAUCAACCCUUUAUGGUUACUGAGCAUAUGUUUUAUAAUAGAAAUGUUAACUCUUCACCAUCCAUUCCUUUUAGAAACGUUGGGCUUCACUCCCAUGCAUGUUAAAUAAAUAUAGGUGCACAAUAAUCAGCGUUUAAUUAGAAAUAUUUAUGGUUAAUUGUCAUGAUCUAUCAUGAGUUUUUCUGUGAAAGGUUUAUUUUCUGUGAACAAGAUGUGAAUAUUUCAGCAGAUAACGGUGGAAAACUUACCUGCGUGUUUCCUUUGCCUCUUGCUCAGGUAUAUGACUGAAUUUCAGUAGUUAUUUCACUAUGAAUGCUAUUGUUUUUGUCUACUUUUAACAUUAAAUAGCAAUGCAAGUGAUGCCUUUCGAUGGGUUUCUAAAAUCUAUUUGAACUGACACUUGAUGCACACGUUUGCAUUUGUUUUCUUCUUUUUGGAUAAAAUGAUGCACUUGAGCAAACAGCAUGGUUAAUGUUUUAGUUCAAGCUGUUUUCUAAUUUUCUCUGUGACUGCUAAUCAUUUGAGCUGUAAGGAUGUAAGCAUGUGUUUCGCUGUUAGUUGAAUCUGUUUUAUUUUAGAUACAAAAAUGACCUUGCAUGCCUCCGGUGAAGCUAUCAGCAGUUAAAUGAAGAAUGAAAACUGAAGUGUGGUUUAGUCUCCUCUGUUAGGCACUACAGCCGUUUGUCCAAACAGACAGUUUAUCUUUCACAUGCAUGUUUUUUUUUAUUGAUCCAGGUGAAUCAAAGCAGUAUUUGUGCACAUGAACAGUUGUUGUGAAACUGCUUCACUAUCAGGUUAAAGUUACAGCAAAGCCACUGUGGUAUUUAAUGUGUAGAACGUUGUUCCUUGUGAAGCAGAAAACACCAAAUAAAUCACCUGACUUUGCUUCUGUUACUUCUU